UAAAAUGCUUAGAAUCCAAAACCAUUUUUGCUAAAAGUAGUUUCAGUCAUUUUAAAAAACGCUUCCAAAUGAGUUCGUAUUUUUGAGGAAAUUUUCCGAUCAAAUGCAAUUUCGUCACCCUGUACAGAAGUUUGUUUUAGUAGGACUCAAAUGAAGUUUAGACUUCAAACUUUGAGUAAACAUACAAAAAUGAAACAUGUCACACCAAACCUUUGGACACAAUUCAUUGCAAAAUUUCCAGAUUGCAACCAUUCGGGAUAUAUUUUAUUUUUCUCUCAUCACGUGAGUUAUAGUCAGUUGGACGAGUUGCCACCUCACCAAUGUGGGUGCGCAACAGUGUAUCGAUGAUCCCAAAUGACGCCACGUGCGGAGUCGAACCAUAUCGCCAGCUCAGAAAUUGACCAUGUCUCUGGUUAGAAAAACCAAAUGUAAACACGAACAAAUCUCUCUGUUGCUUUUGCAGGGCUCCAAAAUUCAGGCCCCAAGAGAAAGGGGAAGCAAAAACAACGUACGUUAAUUUUCCAUUAUUUUUUUUUCUAUCUGUGCAAAAUUCAGAUCAAUUACAAUGUUUUCUUUGGCAUGAUCUGAUUGUUUGUUUCUGUUUUUCCAAUUUCAUGUUAAUUGUCCCCCCUUUUCUCUGGUAAUAUAUACCAAUGCCUUGUGCACAUGAGGUGGUACAUUUUCUUCUAGGGCUACGGUUUUGUUCUUCCUCGUUUAGCCUCUGCACUUCUCCGGCAAUUGCAUAAAAAGUUUUACAAUAUUCAAUUUAGAGUGCAUAUGGUUAAAUCACUAUCUUGUAAUACGCUUGUAAUGCGUCGAUAAUCUGUUGUUGUAUGGACAAAUUUUGCGUUCAUCGGUAUCUUUUAGCCGGGUUUUGCAUACUUCAUCAUGAUAUAAAUCGUACGAUACCCGCUUUAAUUAUCAAAUAUAGGUUGUCUUGUGAUCAAAGUCUAAACUUUCAAGUGCAAAUGUGGCAAUCCUUUGAAAUAACAUGUUUGGUUUGGGACUUGUUGCUGGAAAUAGGAGAAGAAAAUAUGGGGCGUGGAGUCAGCUGCGGUGGUGGAAAAAGCUCUUUGGGGUAUUUGUUUGGAGGUGGAGAGACUGCCACUGCUAACAAAACCCCAAAAACAACUAACAGCACACCACCACCACCUCAGAAUGCUAGCCCAGUUCCAGCUCCUGCUUCGUCACCGAGCGGUAAGCAGCUUCCAGCGGGAAUUCACAGCAAGCCUACGAACAAUUACCUCCGAGUUGAUGGCCAGAACUGCGGAAAUUUCAUCACGGAUCGUCCAUCGACCAAGGUUCACGCUGCUCCCGGCGGCGGAUCAUCCCUUGGCUACUUGUUUGGUGGUGGGAGUGGGAACUGAAACUUGCUUAUAAAGAAAUCAUCACAUCAGCAACUGAAUUACAGCACUGAUAGUAUACACAAUUAUAUACAUAUAU